AUGCAGCCAGAUCAGCUCGGCAACUGCCACGACCCCUCCAACACGCCCCGAUGGACCCUGAUCAUCAUCAUCCAUCUAUCUCCCCCAGAGCCUCGCUGCGCCAUCUUCCCAUCCAUCACGCAUCUAAGGCUUCCAGCACAGACGCAGGCGUUCCCUCCCUAUUACCCCGUUAUGAAUCGGCUGUUCGGCUCCAAGGCUGCCAAGCCCAAGCCGUCGCUCAACGAUGCCAUCGCCUCCACCGAGUCGCGCGCCGACGGGGUCGAGGUCAAGAUCCGCAAGCUCGAUGCGGAACUCGCGCGGUACCGCGAUCAGAUGAAGAAGAUGCGCGACGGACCCGGCAAGACGGCGAUCCAGCAGCGUGCCCUGCGCGUGCUCAAGCAAAAGAGGCUGUACGAGAAUCAGCUGGCGCAGCUGCAGCAGCAGUCGUACAACAUGGAGCAGGCCACCAUGACCACCGAGAACCUGCGCAACACCAUGGCCACCUUUGACGCGAUGCAGACCGCCAACAAGGAGAUGCGCAAGACGUACGGCAAGAUCGACCUCGACAAGAUCGAGUCGAUGCAGGACGAGAUGGAGGACCUCAUCGAGGCGGCCAACGAGGUGCAGGAGACGCUCGGUCGCAGCUACGGCGUGCCAGACGAGGUGGACGAGGAGGAUCUGCAGGCGGAACUCGAUGCGCUCGCAGACGAUCUGGACGCAGAGGAUGUAGGUGCGGAUGCGGUGCCGAGCUAUCUGCAGUCCAACCAGGAACUGCCAGACUUUGUCGACGAGCUCCCCAACCACGCACAAGCAGAGGGCGCAAAUGCAGAGCACGGAGAGGCGCUGCGUGCGGCGUGA